UAGCCGCCAGCUCGUCUGAUGCAGCCGUCUAGCACCGGGAGGGGAUGGCGUGACGUGCGGAAUGGUUUGUGGGUCGAAAUUCUCCACACGGGGUGCCUGAACGGUCGAGUUGGGAGGAAAUGGCACGCCGAGUUUGUUGCCACAAGUGCUGGCGCCAGCCGUCAAAAAAAACCCCCCCAAGAUAAUCCGCCCAGGAAAGAAAUGGGGGGGAAGGAAGGUACGCGGACGUGGCGUACUGCGCGUGCCUUCUUGUAGUUCUGGCAAGUGUCUAGCAAGUCCCGCCUUCCCUUUCGAAGGGAUAGGGGACCCUCCCAACGCUUUGAACAUGGGCACACUGGGCGUCAGCUAAAGAUGGACCUUAUUCGGCUGGGUGCCUUCAAUUAAGGGUCCCCCAUUCUUCAAGAGAGCGAGGUGCGGGGCUUGGCUCUCGGCG